GACUGCAUCAUUUUUGAUUUGGAUAACACUCUAUAUCCCACCGUUACUGGAAUUGGUGAAGCUCUCAAGAAACAUAUUGAAGUUUUCCUGGUGGAAAAAUGUGGAUUCCCUCGGAGCAAAGCUUCGGGCCUUCACACUAACUUUUCAGAACAUACGGAAGCACCCUCACUAGUUUACGAGCACUGGGCUAUGACAUCACUGUCGAAGAUUACCACAGUUUCGUGCACGGAAGGUUACCUUACGAGUCCAUCAAACCUGACAUUCAGCUGCACAGCCUCCUUCGCAGCAUCAAAUAAAGAAAACUUAUAUUUUUUAAAUGUGCUGAAUCAGCUCAGGAUUUGCGAGUGCUUUCAGCAAAUCAUAUGCUUCGAGACCAUGAACCCGAACCUCUGCAAGUCGACACAACUCGAUGAGUUCCCCGUCCUCCAAAAGCCGUCGCCGGAGGCCAUGGAGAUCACACUCCGUGCUACCAAAGUAGAUCCUCAUCAUACGAUGACAACGCGGUUAACAUUGCAGCGAGAAAGCAAUGGGCCUCCACACUGUUCUGGUUGGGAAGAGAAUGAAAAGCAAAGAAGCAGAUUAUGCAGUGGAGUGUGUGAACUAACCGGCACGGGUGCUUCCAAAAAUAUGGGGAUGCCAAUCUGACGGUCAAGAUCAAAGGACAGCCGCAACUGCUAAGGGCGAAUUCAAUUCUAUCAUCACUGCAACAACCGCAGCUGUUGGAGCUUGAAACGACAAAAACAGCUUGGGUGUGAUGUUCACGGGAAUAAAAAUGUGUAUAAUUAUAUAACAAUAUUGUGCGUAUGCUCUAAUGUUCACAAUAAAAAUGUAAAUAGAAUGAACAAAAAAAGUUGUAAUAAUUCAGGUGUGUUUGCAUAUGGUUUUCAUCGUGCGAAUGUAUCUGUGAAUAAC